CUCUGCCCCCACCAAAAGCCACGGCAUCACAUCAUAUACCAGCAUAGCAACAAUCGGUAAAAAUUGAUAAGAAGAGCCCCGCGUCACAUGAUCAACAUCGGCCAGUGCAGAAGAGAUGCAGGUGGGGGGGUUGGUUGGAAAGGUGAAUCACGAAUAAAAACGAGGAGGUUAGUUAAGGGAAGUGAUUCCCUCAUUAGAUUAUACGAGACAGAGAACACAUAACGAGAACUGCUUUGCCGUGACCUCUGGUGUUGUUGUUGUCCUCGUCAGUUGGUGGAAGGCUCUCGAACGUUCAGGGCGAGUUGUCGAAGGUUGUGGAAACUGGAACCGCUGCACUUCCACUAGCGAGGAAAGCAAAAGCCUUGGUGGCUCAGUCGGCUGGCGCAGGUAAUAUUUAUUCCACCACCACGUUUGCCAACAAUACGCUGCUUCAACUCAACAACUCGCAUACCGAACAUCACCACCUCACACCCCGUCUCCAAUCCACCCCCUCUCCACCAUCGUCACACUCUCUUUUCAGCAUCGCGACACCAAUUUCUCCUUGACUUCGCACACCCGUCCUCGUUCUACCCGCCAACAUGAGUGGUAUGUCAACAAUCUUCACCCCGCAGCGCAGCGCAGCGCAACCCAACCCAACCCAACCCAGCCCUACAUCGGUUCGUCAGACAUAGCUAACCACCUCUGCGUAUAGUCGUCGGCGUGGACUUUGGAACGCUCAAUACCGUCAUCGCAGUUGCUCGCAACCGUGGUGUUGACGUGGUAUGUAUCCUCCUCACUCUUCUUCUGCUGUUAUCAUAACCAAUCUUCUAACCUUCCCAGAUCACAAAUGAAGUCUCCAAUCGAGCCACACCGUAAGUCUCCUCGAACAUUCCGCGCCUGGCGAGACAAUCUGACCUCGAGUAUAGAUCCCUCGUAGGAUUUGGCCCCAAGAGCAGAUACCUCGGAGAGCCUGCGAAGACACAAGAAAUCUCCAACUUGAAAAACACCGUCGGGUCAUUAAAACGAUUGGCAGGACGAGUCUUGAGCGAUCCAGAUGUGCAAAUUGAACAGCAAUUCGUCUCCGCGCCCCUCGUCGACAUCAAUGGCCAGGUCGGUGCCGAGGUCACAUAUAUGGGAAAGAAGGAAAAAUAUACCUCCACACAGCUGGUUUCCAUGUUCUUGAGCAAAGUCAAGGCUACCGCAUCCGCCGAACUGAAGCUGCCUGUCUCAGACAUGGUGAUGAGUGUUCCAGCAUGGUUCACCGACAUCCAACGAAGAGCACUGAUGGACGCCGCCGAGAUCGCUGGUCUCAAGCUACUUCGACUAAUGAAUGACACAACUGCAGCCGCCUUGGGUUAUGGUAUUACCAAGACUGAUUUACCUACUGGGGACGAGAAGCCUCGCCGUGUUGCUUUCGUCGAUAUCGGACACACCAACUACUCAUGUUCGAUUGUCGAAUUCAAGAAGGGUGAGUUGACCGUCAAGUCUACUGCAUACGACCGUCACUUUGGUGGACGUGAUUUCGACAAGGCCUUGGUGGACCACUUUGCCGAGGAGUUCCAGACCAAAUACAAGAUUGACAUCAAGAGCAAUGGAAAGGCCAUGGUUCGUGUCGGUGCCGCCGCCGAGAAGUUGAAGAAGAUCCUCUCUGCCAACCAGCAGGCACCUCUCAACAUCGAGUCCUUAAUGAACGAUGUGGAUGUCCAGUCCAUGAUGAAGCGUGAGGAACUAGAGGCACUGGUAGAGCCACUUCUCCAGCGCGCCCACGUUCCUCUUGAGCAAGCUUUGGCUGAGGCCAAGUUGACCAAGGAGGACAUUGACAUCAUUGAAUUGGUUGGUGGAUGUACUCGUGUUCCAGCACUCAAGGAGCGCAUCCAAGCAUUCUUCGGCAAAACUCUCUCCUUCACCCUGAACCAAGACGAGGCCAUUGCCAGAGGAUGCGCUUUCAGCUGUGCCAUUCUUUCCCCAGUCUUCCGUGUUCGUGAUUUUGCCAUUCACGAUAUCGUCAACUACCCAAUUGAGUUCACAUGGGAGAAAUCACCUGACAUUCCAGAUGAGGACACCAGCCUUACGGUCUUCAACAAGGGUAAUGUCAUGCCAUCAACAAAGAUUCUUACCUUCUAUCGCAAAGAGGCUUUCAACCUGGAGGCGAAAUACGCCAAACCCGAAUUAUUACCUGGUAAGAUUAACCCAUGGAUCGGUCAAUUUACAGUCAAGAAUGUCAAGGCCGAUUCCAAGGAUGAUUUCAUGAUCUGCAAGCUCAAGGCACGUUUGAACUUGCAUGGUAUCUUGAAUGUUGAGUCUGGCUAUUAUGUUGAGGAUGUGGAGAUUGAGGAGCCAAUCCCAGAAGAGAAAGAGGGAGAGAAGAAGGAUGACAAGAAGGACCCAGAUGUAUGUUGUGUGAAACCUUGAUUGCAACAAAUCACUAACUUUCACAGGCCAUGGAUGCGGAACCCACCAAGACCAGAAAGGUCAAGAAGCAAGUCCGAAAAGGCGAUCUUCCAAUCAUCUCUGGCACAUCAUCACUUGACCAGACCAAGAAGGAUGCUGCCGCUGAGCAGGAGUCCGCUAUGAUCAUGGAGGAUAAGCUUGUCGCUGAUACUGAGGAGAAGAAGAAUGAGCUUGAGACCUACAUCUACGAGAUGAGAAACAAGAUCGAUGAUACCUACGCCGAAUUUGCCAACGAGGACGAGAAGACCAAGUUAAAGGCAAAGCUUGAGGCUAGCGAGGUAAGCCUCCCGAGGAUUCCGAUAGACGUAAAAUAGAAGGUGCUGACCGUUCUUUAGGACUGGCUUUACGAUGAGGGCGAGGAUGCUACCAAAGCUGUCUAUGUCGCCAAGAUGGACGAGAUCCGUGCUGUUGCCGGACCAAUUGUGCAACGCUACUUUGACAAACUUGAGGAGGAGCGUGCUGCACAGCGUGCCAUUGAGGAGGCCGAGGCACAAAAGAAGAGAGAGAUGGCUGAGGCUGCCAGAGCUGCUGCGAUGGCGCAAGAAGCCGCUGCCGCCAAGGACGAAGAGAUGACGGAUGCUGAUGCGGCGAAACCAGAUGAGAUCGUGGAGCCAGAGUCAAAGUAAUGUGGACAUGACGAAAAUAUAAUGAUCUCAUGAUGGGAGGAAAAUGCUACGCAUCGUAGAAACACACCAGGGACGGGGAACUCAAAUUUUCUCGGAACAAAGAACGUAAAGACAGAUAUUUGCUUGCAGGUUAUUCUCGAAGACUAUUUUGUUUUUGACGGAGGUUUCUAUCAACAGACUUCUUUCUUCUACACUUUUGUUUUGUGGCCUGGGGGAAAUGGGGUAUGCGUGCGUUCCUUUUUUCUUCUCCUUUUUUCCUAUAGAUGAGCAUGAAGGGAUCGCGAUGCGUGGAUCUUAGCGUGCUAUGUUUCUGCAUGUAAUGCAGAUGCAAAUAAAAUAAGAAUAGAAAUGAAACGUUUGUUUUUUUGA